AUUGUGAUCGUGACAAAAAAAUAGCUUGUCGAUGGUUAUUGUCUCAGUUUAUUUCAUAUGAGAAAAAGAGCAUUUCGUGCUGAGUAUAAACACAUUAACUGUAGCGUGAGAACGAGCAGGUGGUGCACAAUAUAAUUUUUGAAAGCAGUUUUGCCAAAAUUUUGAGGCAGUUUAUUGAAACAGAUCUAAUGGAGAAGUCACCAACUGAGAAAGCGUCGCCGACACUGAAAAGGAGAGAAAGCAAGGUCCAAAGCUGCAAAUUGAAUAAUGACAUUGGGACGCAUAUUUCGCGCCCAAAGACGAGAAUUAUAUGCACGAUAGGGCCGAAAUCGAAUGACGUGCAGUUACUGUGCAGUUUGUUAGAUUUUGGAAUGUGCUGUGUGAGGCUGAAUACAGCCCAUGGGGACUUUAACUUCCAUCAGAGCAUCAUAGACAACACAAGGAAGGCGUGUUGUAUAAAAAAUACGAUUUGUGCUAUCAUGUUAGAUAUAAAGGGUCCGGAAAUUCGUACAAUAAAAUUGAGGCCGAACCCUUCUCUGGACAACAAGAAAGAAUGGCAGUUAAACGCAGAUCAAGAGUUUUGGUUUACAACCGAUAAGGAACAUCUGGGUGACGAUAAGAUGGUUGCAGUGACUUAUGAGAAGUUACCGCAAACUGUUCACCAGGGAUCAAAAAUUUUGGUGGCAGACGGUUUGAUAGCCUUUCGGGUGUUAGAAACAGACGGAGUGAGUAAAGUAAAGUGUGUGGUGAAGAAUACGGGCGUGAUAGGUGAGAAUAAAAAUAUGAACUUGCCCGGACAUUCGGUAGACCUACCUGCUGUAACGGAAAAAGACAAAAAAUUCGUGGAGUUCGGGAUUAAAAAUGAAAUAGACAUUAUCGCAUGUUCAUUUAUAAGGAAGGCGCAGGACAUAUUAGACAUUCGAGCACUUCCGGGGGUUUUAGAAUCCAGGUGCUGCCUCAUUGCAAAAAUCGAGAAUCAAGAAGGAAUUGACAAUUUUGAUCAAAUCCUCGAGGUUACUGAUGGUGUCAUGGUGGCAAGAGGUGAUUUGGGCGUAGAAAUACCGCUUCCAUCCGUGGCUACAGCUCAAAAAAUGAUGAUUACUAAAUGCAAUCAAGCUGGAAAACCUGUGAUUACUGCGACACAAAUGUUAGAAUCUAUGAUUCGUAACCCUCGUCCUACUCGCGCAGAGGUUGGUGAUGUGUAUAACGCCAUUUUGGACGGAUCAGAUUGUGUUAUGUUAUCCGGGGAGACAGCGAAUGGCAACCAUCCUGUUAAGGCGGUAAAAAUUAUGGCGAGUGUUUGUCUUGAAGCAGAGAAACAAGCCGAUCAUCGAUCUCAUUUCACGAAUAUUCGCAAUACUGCUCCAACAGCGGAAUUGCAAAUACCAGAAUCUGUCGCUACUUCUGCUGUUAGCACCUCUUGGGAUCUUCAAGUCUCUCUUAUAGUAGCUCUUAGCAAAUCUGGACUAACAGCAAGACUUAUUAGCAAGUAUAGGCCCCAUUGUCCUGUUCUAGCCGUUACUUCGGAGGUUUCCACAGCAAACUCUCUUCUCCUAAGCAGGGGAAUCAUUCCUUAUUUGGUUUCGGGAAUAGAAGGUGUUGAAGUAACCGCUGAAAAGGGCAUAUCAAAGGCUAUUCAGUGUAAGUUGAUCAAAGAUGGAGACCUUGUUGUCAUAACUUCCGGUGCCUUUAAUAACCUCAUCGGUAAGACUUCAAUGCUCCGAGUUGUCAAAAUUGAAAAUAACUCUGUCAAUUAUGUCUUCUAGUCAAUAAAGACGCACCUUUAUUGAAACUAGACAUAUACACGAAUGUGUGUAUAUGUCUAAUAUGUUUUUUUUUUUACUUUUGAUUUGAUAUCUGAUAUCUUGAUUUGAUCUUUGAUUCAUGCAUUGGUUUUUAGUAUUUUUUCUGCUAUUGGCAUGUACCUGACACUUUUUAAUGGUGCUUCCUCAAAAAGAUCCUCCAAGUGUUAAAUCCACAAUUAAACGUAUCUUUGGGCUAAAUCAAUUCCUAAAAAACCCGUACAUUAUCGGCGCUUUGGUUACACUUCUUAUUGGGGCUCUUGCCCUACAAGAUUGUCUUGAGCCAGAUGUUGCAUUAUCAACACGAAAUCGCGAAUUAUAUACUGAACAGAAAUUUGAGGCAAAAGACGAACAGGCGCUCGAAGAACUGAUGCGCGUUAAUCCUCUAAUGGCGCAACAAAUCAAAGAAAGAAGAGACUUCGAGAAAAAACUUGC